AUGGCGACGUCCAGAAGCUUUACGAGCGCGCCUUUGAACGCCUCAGACAGUGCCAGCUCUUCCCCGUCUGCUCACGGUAGUAACCACCGCAUUCUCCUCGCGACUGAAGCCGAACUCGAGUCAUUUCCAACAGCAGAGCAGUUCUCGGAUCCUUUUGGUGACGUUUACAGGACUGAAACGGAUACAAGGGACUUGAUGUGUGGUCUGUGUGAUUCAAUAGACUCUUCGGCAUCAAGUGCAGCUUCGAAAACGUCGUCGUUGAAGUCACUUCCGCCUUUAAUGGCCCCAGGAGGGACUUUGGCGUCCCCUCCGAUACUCUUGCCGUCGAUCAGCGGCGAAAUUGAUCCAUUUGCAGACAUUACAGCGAGCAACACGUCUCGAUCAGGUGGUAGGGAGGUAGGUGAGAAGGCGGGGCAUGUUGCAGGAGCGUUCGAAGACGAUUCGCGGUGCAGGGCGGAGGUCAUGGCGCCAACGUCGACGUCAUCGUCGUCGCGUUUCGAUUUGUUGUGGGGAAGUGCAAGCCAUGAGAUGGAUAGACAGGUUUUCUCGAGCUCGACAACGUCACGUGAUAGUGCGAGGGGCAGGGCAUCGUCGACGGGUAGUACUUUCAUGCUCCCGCCUCCGCCGACAAUGACGAAAGCGGCAACGUUUCCUAUGCCAGGGGCUAGAAACGUUCGAGAGACGAGUGCAACGGAUUUGUUGUCAUUCUCUCCUGUGCUGACGUCGGCACCAGCUGAUCCGUUCUUUGGUAUUGAUGACAAUACCAGUGAGACGAGCACAGCAGCGCCAGCAUUUGAGAACAGCGACAUAUUCUCUACGACAUUAGCGUCGGCGCUAUCAACAACAUUUUCGCUGGCACCAUUGUCUCUCUCUACGUCAUUUGAGUCAUUACAUGACGAUGGGGAUACUCUGAGACUCUCUGAUGCCACGCCUGGGACUACGAAUGGUAAGGCGUCGCCACGCGAUCCGUUUGCUAAACACAUGACGCGGUCUUUUGGCUCGCUGAGCUCGUCGUCAAUCAGUGCGGGGACAGUCGGAGAUGGCGGUAGUAAAAAUGAAGCUCAUUCGCUGUUGCUGCAAGCAGUAUCGCCUUCACGUGCCCCUACUUUUUGGCAGGGCUCUUCCAAAUCAUCGGACGGUUUUGCGGACUUUGAAUCUGGCGCUGACAACUUCAGUUUGACGGAUCCUUUUGCUGAGGCAGAUCUGGCUACUUCACAAGUGCCUCUGCAAGAUCACCUUUCGGUUUGGAGCAUUGCUGCAGACCUUGCUGACGACGAAAAGGAGGAUGAGGAUAGUGAUAGCAAGCAAACAUGUGAAGAAGACAGUAAGGGUAUGCAGAAGCCGGUUACAAGUACGUCGGAUGACGAUAUUGAGAACGUACCUAUCGGCGAUGGUUGCAGCGACAUUGACUUAGCGAAAACUACAGAGACGGAAGACUUGGUGGACGCUUUUACGGCCACAAUGAGAUGCGAGGAUGGAGAACGUUCCGACGGUUCUUUCGAAAAUGGGCAUAUGGCUACAGAUGUUUCAACCAUUCGCCCUGCUGCUGCGGUAGAGCUCAACGAAAGCGAUACCCAGACAGCCGAUGUAACUGCUGAUAGUGAAUACAAGGCCUUUGACUUGCGAGACAAUAUUUUCAGUGACCUUUGUGAGCACAACCGGGAUAAUGUCGCGUUCACGAAGAGUAAAAAUGCUGCCUGCCGAGUGGAGCAAAAGUCGACGGACGCGGGCGAGGGCUCGCUUGAACGUAUCCAGAUUGGAGCAUUUUCGCUGACGAGUACGAGCGCGAAUUUGAACACUCGAAGUGCUAGCCCAGCAGAACGCGAUUUUGAUGAUGUAGCGAAUGAAGAAAGCUGUGUACAACCCCGCGAUGCACGUAGCACGUCACAUGUUGCCUCAAUGGACAUUCCAAUCACUUCGGAACUCCCCGAAGAAACUACUGCACAAAAAGCAAACACGCAAGACGGUCAGAUACAAGCCAGAGUAGCGGAUAGCGAUGACGGCUUUGACGACUUCAAUGACUUUGGAGCUGCAGCUGUGGCAACAAGCGUUCCAGACGCGUCGUUGUUUGGAGCGCCGCUUUCACCAGCCCAUAAGCAGCCAGCAGACGAAGGGUUUGGGGACUUUGCUGUGUCCACACCUGCGUCUAUGGCUGUAAUUGUUGCACCAGUCGACGACGAUUUUGGAGAUUUUGCGCAAAGCGUAAACCCAAGUGGUGAUGACAACUGUUUUGGUGACUUUGGAGACUUUGAGCAGGUCCCUGCAAACACUGAAGACAGUUUCACCGAUUUUCAGCAAUCGUCUGCAACAGCCUUUGAGGGAAGUGAAGGUGGUUUCGGUGACCCUUUGCUGGCUGUUGAUUCUUUGCGAGCUUCUUCUUUAUCGAAGGCAGAGUUGUCAAUAUUCUUUAAAGAAGCAUUCCCAGCCGAGCGCUUACCCGCUAUUUCGGUCGUCAAGCCGGAGAGCCCAACCGAUGCAAAAACUUCUGGUCUCGCGCAAGAAUUGCCGAAAGAUUUCGUACGAAGCGUAUAUCGUGGUAUGUGGGAUGAGUUUAUAUCUGCAGUAGCGGACCACACGCUACCGCCCCCAUCCGGAUUGGUAGCGUCUUCUGCAGAAUCAAUAGUCGAUAGAGAGCACGUGAAGAAGAAGACAAAGUACGCAUCGAAGUAUUUGAAGUAUGUGCUGUCGGAAAAGAUCCAAGAGGCGUCCAGGCAGAACGGCAUUCUCACAAAUGGCUCUGAAAGCCAUCAGACGUAUGUGGAUAUUGCAGCAUCAGGUGACGCCGAGCGCAUGUGUGCCGCUCUGGGGAGUUGCAAGAAGCGUUGUUUCAUGGUUCAGUAA